UCUCUCUCGUUCCAGAAUUCAAUCAGACACAAUCUGUCCCUGCACAGCCGCUUCAUCCGGGUGCAAAAUGAAGGGACGGGGAAGAGUUCAUGGUGGAUGCUGAACCCAGAAGGAGGGAAGAUGGGGAAGGGACCAAGACGACGUGCGGCCUCUGUAGACAACAGCACCCGCUACCUGAAGACCAAGGGUCGCAUUAGCCGUAAGAGAGCAGGGGCCAUAGGCCUCGGACGGGGGCAAGGUCAGGGGGCCGGACCUGCAAUGCAAGGCUCCCCAGAGCAUGGUAGUCCAGCAGGGAAGGGAGGUGUGGGCAUGGGGGGUGAGGAGUAUGACACCUGGACGGACCUCCAUUCCCGCACCUCCUCCUCUGCCUCCACACUGAGUGGCUGCCUGUCUCCGAUCCUGGCUGAGGCGGAGGCUGAUGAACCAGAGGAGGGUGGACUGUCCUGUUCAGCAUCUCCUCGACUAUACCCCAGCCCUAGCAGCACACGCUCCCCGGCCCUGGGCACUGGGGGCCACUGCCCCACUGUGGAGCUGCCCCAGCUGACUGACCUGACUGGGGCUAUCAGUCUAGAUGAGAGCAGCUACCCCCAGCCACCGCAAAUCAAAUGCAAUGGUUAUCCCUACGUGCCUGGGCCCAAGGCAGAGGGCUCCUACUGUGGGCCCAUGUACGCACAGCCUUCCAUGGGCAUGCUCCGACACCACACUCCCAUGGAGACCAUCCAGGAGAACAAGCCAGUUAGCUUCCAGCGCCCAAUGAGGGGCUACUCAGAGAACAACGCCCUGCAGAGUCUUCUUACUGGAGGUCCUCCGUACUGCAACAAAGACACAGUGCUGGGCCAGGGACGGGAAACACACACACUAAUGACACAGGGAACCAAUGGCGUUCACAGCCAGCACAGUCACAAUCAGAAUCGAAGCCACAAUCAUAACCACAAUCACAGCCAAGAGCAUGCUCACACUCCCAGCCUACACAAUGGCCAUGGCUCAGUUCAUGAACAGAACACAACCCACCAUCAGAACCACAAUCAGGGUCACAAACACCAAGCCAGCCUCGACUACAGCCACAGCCACAAGCCCCAUGCAGCGCAUGACUACCGUCAGAGUCACGAGCACAGUCAUAGUAACAAAGUAAAUGCCAGCCAUGAUCACAACCCUCGCUCCAGCCAGAGUCACAUGCACAACCAACACCCCCACAACCCUCAUAACCCUAUGCACAGUGGGCCACAACCCCAGGCCCUCUCCCCACGGGUUAGCACUGACAUCCUGCAGCCCUACAGCCUCAAGACCUCUAAUCACUAUGGGCCACGCCCACACCUCCCGACAUCACCGUCCCUGCCGCCCAACCCUGCCAGCGUCAUGGAUGUUCCCCAGGACCCCUGCCGCCUGGCAUCUGCACCUCACCCUCGUCACCAGCCUUACCCCGGGGCUCAUCAUCAGGGUAUGACCGACUCCUGGCAUGGCUACUACCACAACAACCACCAGCCGGGGAACGCUGGUUAUCAGGGGCAACAGCACUCUCACAGUAGAAUGGCUGCCAACCUGGAGAUGGAGAAUGUCCCUAAUAGCCUGGACUGUGAUGUAGAUUCCAUCCUGCUCAGUGACUUUAUGGACACAGAGAGCAUUGACUUCAACUUUGAUGGCUCUCUGUCCCAAGGCGUGGGCAUGGGAAUGGGUAUGAGCUUGGGGGCGUUUGCUUGCCCUCCACCAGCACACAGCAACCAGAGUUGGGUGCCAGGGUGA